UUUACUUCCGGAGCUAAGGUCGCUGAAAAACUGAGCGGGCUGUUCCGUCACCUCCCAUGAUACUUUGGCCCUUGCGAGUUUCCGUAGUAUUUCAACGCGCUGGCCUCGAUUAUCGGACGUUUUCUGUGAAGGUCGCGCAGCGAAAGAUCUUUCAGCAUGUCUCUUGCAAAGCCUCAGAUGAGAGGUCUCCUCGCAAAGCGGUUGAGGUUUCAUCUGCCCCUUGCUUUUGGCCUGGCUCUGUUCGCAGCAGCUACAUUCAAGUUCACUGUAACAGAGCCUCGGAAACAGGCUUAUGCUGACUUUUACAAGCAGUAUGAUGCCAUGAAGGAGUUUAACAGUAUGAAGGAGGCUGGGGUUUUUGAGAGUGUGAGGCCCUCUAGUAAAUAAAUUGAGGGUGGUUCUGUCUCUGCAUUUCUCUUUUAUCCUGCACCUUUACUACUGGAUGUUAAAUGUAUAAUAAACAUACAAAUAAACAAAAAUUGUCAACUCCUGUACAA